GGCUGUGGGAGUAAGAUGGCGGGGAAGAAGAAUGUUUUGUCGUCUCUGGCAGUUUACGCGGAAGAUUCAGAGCCCGAAUCCGACGGCGACGCAGGAGUCGAAACGGCGGGCAGCACGACUGAGGAGAAAGGUGGAUUGGUAUCUGAAGCUUAUGGAGAGGAUGACUUCUCUCGCCUUGGGGGUGAUGAAGAUGGUUAUGAAGAAGAGGAGGAUGAGAAUAGCAAACAGUCAGAAGAUGACGAUUCAGAGACUGAAAAACCUGAGGCUGAUGACCCAAAGGAUAACCCAGAAAUAGACAAGCGAGAUCCCCAGGAGUUAGUCGCCUCCUUUUCUGAAAGAGUCCGGAACAUGUCGCCUGAUGAAAUUAAGAUCCCACCUGAACCCCCUGGCAGAUGCUCAAAUCACUUACAAGACAAGAUCCAGAAGCUUUAUGAGCGGAAGAUAAAGGAGGGAAUGGAUAUGAACUACAUUAUCCAAAGGAAGAAGGAAUUUCGGAACCCCAGCAUCUAUGAGAAGCUGAUCCAGUUCUGUGCGAUUGAUGAGUUGGGCACCAAUUACCCAAAGGAUAUGUUCGAUCCCCAUGGCUGGUCUGAGGACUCCUACUAUGAGGCAUUAGCCAAAGCCCAGAAGAUUGAAAUGGACAAACUGGAAAAGGCCAAAAAGGAGAGAACCAAAAUUGAGUUUGUGACGGGCACAAAGAAAGGCACCACGACCAACGCCACGGCCGCCACCACCACUACGGCCAGCACAGCUGUUGCAGAUGCCCAAAAGAGAAAGAGCAAGUGGGACUCCGCCAUCCCCGUGACAACGAUAGCCCAGCCCACCAUCCUUACCACCACAGCAACCCUGCCAGCUGUUGUCACAGUGACCACCAGUGCCAGUGGCUCCAAGACCACUGUCAUCUCUGCUGUGGGCACCAUCGUGAAGAAGGCCAAGCAGUGACCUGAGGGACCAGCUUGGCGUGGCUUGGACAUUCUUCCUUCCAUGGAAGGGAGGAGCCACUCCAGGACUUGACCCAACUGUGCAGCCCCACUGACCAGUGCCCUCAGGGAGAUGCCGCUUUGUAUAUUUCAGGACUGGAACCUGCUCCCCACAUGCCACCUGAGAAAGCCUCUGUGUGGCCUUCAGCCAGAAGGCAUUGCCAAGGAGGAGUGGGGCACUAUGGCCAGUGUCCACACACUGCCCAGGGUCUGCUGCCCUAUUAAAGCGCCGUGUUCUCCCACAUCAGCAUCCCAGGUGCACUGGCCUCGUCUGCACUGUUUUCAGGCAGAUGUGGCAGCUCAAGUGUCCUCUCCAUCUUCUUGGUGGGAUUAUCACCUCAGGGUUGGUAUGGAGUGACUGAAGCCUGUGGCACUAGUUGGGAGUGCGGGGAGAGUGACCGAGGAAUUGGCUGUGGUCUUGGCAUAUGCCUCUUGCCUCUUGGUGUGGGUACGUGGAAGUCCAGAGAGUGGGUGAGACCCCAUGUUCCCACUGUCUGCUGCCCUGAUAGCAAAACCCAGCCAGUUCUCAGAUAAGAGCAGAAACCUCUGCUCCCUCGUAGGCAAUUGAGCCCUCUGGGGAGCACUUUUCAGAUGCACCCAGGGCGGGGAGAGGUGUCGGCACCUGGCCAAGGCUGCCGCAGUCCCUCUGUGCCCGGCCAGCCGGCGGCAGCUUGGCAAGGUGGGGGUGAUGAGUCACCUCCUGCCCUGGCGUGGCCGCAGCUCAUUGUUUGUGAAAGCCUGGCUCCUGGGAGGAUCCUACCACCCCGCCCUUCCUGUACCUGUUAUCUCUGCCCCACAGCAGACCCUGGGCAGCGCCAGUGGCCACUGGGCUCCUCUCGGGCCAGACUGAUUUCCCAGCCGCCGCAGUCCAGAGAGGACACAUUUGCCUUCCUUGCUUGUUGGCAGCUUUCCACUCCAGGGGAAGUGCUGCGCACUAGAGUAGGAAGUCAGGCUGUGAAGAGCCUCGCUGCUUCCACGGGGCAGGCAGAGGAUUAGAGAGGUGGUCCUAAAACUGCACCCAAUAUGGUUGCAUGACCAGAGAAGUAUGAUGGAGCUGCCCCCGCCUUCCCCCCAAGAAAGAUCAAGUCACACGGUCCCUUCCCCCCACAUGCAUGCUUGGGCGCUGGAGGAGGUGGGUUCUCACCCACCCGUCCUUUGAUGGGACUUUGUGACCUUCAAGAAAGGAGCUGCCAGCUAGCCUUCUCCUUCCUGCCAGGGCACUGCGGAGGGCAGUGGGACAGUGGGACAGUAGUCAGUGCAGACUCAGCCCCUCGCUCUGGACCCCAGUUUGAAGCAAGCUGUGUUUUAGUUGUGUGCAUCUUGGGCCCUUACAUCUGUAAGCCUUCUCUGUCCAAUCACAGUAAUAAAGCUGCUUAAGGUGGUUGUGAGGAA